UAAAUGCACCGCUGUAUGCCUGUGAGGACAAACUCAGGGCUGGUCUGCGGAGCGGUGCCUGGCAGCAUAAACUCCGGGCUGAGUUAACCCUAACAUCGUCCUUCACAGACCUGACAGGAAGCUAAGAUGGCGGCCGCCGUAGUGAGGACUCUGGGCUCCAGUUUGGGGAAAAACCUCCGAGAGAUCCGCGUCCACCUCUGCCAGACCUCCGCGGCCAGCAAGGGGGCCAGAGACUUUGUGGAGCAGCACUAUGUGAGCCUGAAAAAGUCCAACCCAGAGUUCCCGAUCCUGAUCAGAGAGUGUUCGGGAGUUCAGGCUCGAGUCUGGGCGAGAUACGAUUUCGGUAAAGAGAGCAGCGUCUCUGUGGACAACAUGUCAGCUGAUCAGGUGGCCAAAGCUCUAGAGACUAUGGUUCAGUCCAAACCUUAAACCGCCCUCCCGCCCGUCUCCCUGAAGUGGUUCAGUCCAGGAUCGACUCGCCUGCUUCAUUCCUUCAGUUUGUAAAUGUGUUGAUAUGAAUAAACCUCAAUAUUAUUAAUGUCA